CUGCAUCUUAGAGAUGAGGAAUCUGAAGUUCCCAGCUAGUAGAGAGCCAGAGUUGGAACCCGUGCAUGUCUGGGACCAACUCCCGUCCCUCCCCAAUACACCGACAUCACAGAGAUGACACAGCUGUCAACGUCCCAAGUGGGUAUCUGUUUGGGGGAUAUUCUUAUAGGUGUGGAGCCUGUGAGGGAGAAUAUGGUUGGUCUUGGCCCUUAAGUUAAAAAUCUAGGUGAAGAGUUUUCUUUUGUUUUAAAUAAAAACUAGCCAUUUUACAAUCUGGCCCCAACCCAUCUUUUCAUCUUCAGCACCUGCCACUUGUUCUUCUGCUCACUUUCGGGCCUCGCCUUGUGCUCUUUGAGUGAAGUGCCCCUCUUUUUACCGCCUCUCCCCUUCCAGACUUUUUUUUUUAAUUGGAUGAAAUCCUACUCUUUUCAAAAAGUCCAGCUCAAAUGUCCCCUUUUCUGGGAAGGCUAUUCCAACAUCUUCCAGGCAGAAUUAGUUUCUCCCUCUGCUGUAUUUCCUUAGCGAUUUCAUAAUGCUAUUAAGGCUUAAGUUUCCCUGUGUUUCCGUGUAAAAAUGUCUGUCUCUCCCUCUAGACCAUGCCUUUUCUUCUUUCUAUUACUAUUCAAUAAGGGUAUUUUGAAUUGGAUUUAGGGCAAUGAUGAAUGCCAGAUGCCUAGUAACCAGUCCUACAGGAGUUCAGAGAAAGGUGCAAAUGCUGCUGAGGAUGGGGAAGUGUCCUGGGAGGAGCUUGGACCUGAGCCGAUAUUAAAAGGAUGGGUUAGUUUACUUAGCUGAGUAUUAGAGAUCUGGGAAGCCUGCCUUUCCUCUUCACUGCACAGAAUGAAUUACUUCAUCCUUUCUGAGCUCAUUCCCAGCAUGUGAAGAGGAUAAAUUUAGAAGUGUUUUUGUGCGUCCUUUCUUAUAGGAUGUGCUGGUAAUGUUAUCGUUUGGAUCUUGGAGCAUUUCCAGAGGCAAAUAGGAUUUAGGACAGAGAGGAGAUGGAUGUCUGGAGUGAGAUGCUGGAAGUUAAAGGGGAACUGCUUUAAAGCAAUCUUCAUGUUAAUAAUACAGACCUGAAAAUGUAAAUUCCAGUAAUUUCAUUCUAUUUAAUGGAGGUAUCUAAAAUUUCAGAUAUUCACAUCAAGUGAUUCUUCUCUAAUGUGCAGAAAAGAGUCUGCCAAACCUUCCCAAAGCAGUCAACAUUGUUUUGGAUCCCUGGAUUAUCUCCCAGGGAAGUGAAUAAACUUAAUUGAGAAUGUCUGAAAACUUGAACAAAUCCAGUAUAAAUGAAGCAGGAAAAUCAAAAUCAGAUGAUUCUGAGCAAGGCCUUGAAGAUGCUGCAGAAGGCUCUGAUGAAGCUUCACGGGAAAAAAUAAAGUCGGGCUCUCCUAGCACCCAAAGAGUGCAAAGACCUCACUCCAGUCCUCCUCGUUUUGUGACAGUAGAAGAACUCCUAGAGACAGCAAAAGGAGUCACUAACAUGGUUCUAGCCCAUGAAAUUGUAGUAAAUGGAGACUUCCGGAUUAAACCUGUUGAAUUACCAGAAGACAGUUUGGAGAAGAGAGUAAAGGAGAUUGUGCAUAAAGCUUUUUGGGAUUGCUUGAGUGUCCAGCUCAGUGAAGACCCCCCAACAUAUGACCAUGCCAUCAAACUUGUUGGAGAGAUCAAAGAGACUCUCUUAUCUUUCUUGCUGCCUGGUCACACUAGACUGAGAAACCAGAUUACAGAAGUCUUGGAUCUGGAGCUGAUAAAGCAGGAGGCGGAGAAUGGGGCCCUAGACAUUUCCAGGCUGGCGGAAUUUGUCAUUGGCAUGAUGGGGACACUGUGUGCACCUGCUCGAGAUGAGGAAGUUAGGAAGCUAAAGGACAUUAAGGAAAUAGUGCCCCUUUUCAGGGCAAUUUUUUCUGUGUUAGACCUAAUGAAAGUGGACAUGGCGAACUUUGCUGUCAGUAGCAUUAGGCCACAUCUCAUGCAGCAGUCAGUUGAAUAUGAAAGGAAGAAGUUUCAAGAGCUUUUGGAGAAGCAGCCAAAUUCCCUGGACUUCGUCACCCAGUGGUUGGAAGAAGCUGCAGAGGACCUUAUGAAUCAGAGGUAUAAAAAUGCCCUGCCAGCUGAGGGAGGGGCCACUGGCUGUGGGGACAGUCUCCUGCCAAAUCCUGCUGCCGUCCAGAAUUACGCGUACCUGAGGCUUCUGAGAUGGGACCACCUCCGGAGACCAUUCCCUGAGACAGUUUUGAUGGACCAGUCCCGCUUCCAAGAGCUCCAGCUCCAGCUGGAGCAGGUGGCCAUCCUGGGGGCCGUGUUGCUGGUCACGUUCAGCAUGGCAGCCUCGGGAAUUUCCAGCCAGGCCAGCUUUGCUGAGAAACUCAAGAUGAUCGUGAAGAUCCUGCUGACAGAUCUGCAUCUGCCCUCCUUCCACCUGAGGGAUGCCCUGACCACCAUCGGGGAGAAGGUCUGCCUGGAGGUGAGCAGCCGCCUUUCCCUGUGUGGAUUCGCUCCCUUUACCGCGGACAAGGAGACCGUGCUCAAGGGCCAGAUCCAGGCCGUGGCCAGUCCCGAUGACCCCAUCCGCAGGAUCAUGGAUUCCCGAAUCCUGGCCUUCUUAGAAAGCUGCCUUGCCUCGGGUCAUCAGAAGCCACUGCCCACGGUACCUGGGGGACUGGGUCCUGUCCAAAAAGAGCUGGAGGAAGUUGCUAUUAAAUUUGUUCGCCUGGUCAACUAUAACAAGAUGGUCUUCAGUCCCUACUACGAUGCAAUCCUCACCAGAGAUGUAUGCUGCAUUAUGUGGUCAGAAGUCAUAUUCUUAAGAGUUUAG